CGUCAUCACUCCGCGUUCAGACCCAAGAUGGCUGCUGUGUUUGCGUUUUUAGCCUGUUAGUUGUGAAAAACUUGUUUGUUUAGGUCACUAAAAGACUUUAUUUUGUAAACGGGAAAGUCGCUUGUGGCAGCAACUUUUUAUCUACUUUUUUUUUUAGGCGUGAUAAGAAUUUGUUUGUUAGUUGAAUAAAACGUUUUAAUUGACAAUGAAGUCGGACGUGGAGGAGUUGAUGCCGAGGCUGCUGCCGGUGGAGACAGCAGGCGACGCGCAGGAGCUGGACCUGAGCGGCACGCCGAGAAACCCGCAGGAGUACCUGCGACAGGUCCAGUUGGAGGCGGCGCUGUGUCCGGAGGUGGUGGUGGCGCAGAUCGACCCCAAGAAACUGAAGAAGAAGAAGCAAACCGUCAAUGUUUCUGUGGCGGGUUGCCCGGCCGCUCCGGUGGGUCUCUCCCCCAGCCUAAAGUGGCAGCAGCAACAAGUCAGCAGCUUCUCAGACGUCAGACAGAGCAUCACCAAGCACAGGAGACACUGGAGCAGUCAGACUCUGGAUGACAACGUGUUGAUGCCACAGCUAACAGACGAGGAGGGCUGGAAGAAGUUUUGCUUAGGGGAGAAGGUGUGUCUGGGUGCUUCGUCCUGCAACACAGACGCAGACUCAGAGCCAGCACUGGACUACUGUAAAGUGGGGUUCCCUCCUUUCCUCAGCAUCAUCAGCAGACUCAACCAGGCCACAGUGUCGGUGGUGUUGGAGAUUCUCAUCACCUGGUUUGAGGAGCGAGACUUUGUGCCUCAACUGGGCCAGUGGCUGUAUGCACUGUUGGCGUGUCUGGAGAAGCCUCUGUUGCCUGAAGCCCACUCCCUCAUCAGACAGCUGGCCAGGAGAUGUGCCCAGCUCCGCAGCACUAUGGAAAGCCAGGAGGAUGAGAGACUGCCUGCCCUCAACCUGCUCAUCUGCCUCGUUGCCCGGUACUUUGAGCAGAAUGACCUGGCAGACCAGGAGUGACACUGAUCUCUUGAAGAAAUCAAAGAAGAAUCAGAGAAUAUGAAGCAUGAGGACCGGCCGCAGAAAUCUGUGUAUGGGAAUCAGGUUCAGAUGCUCACUGGUGUCAAAACUGCUCUACAGAGAAGUGGGACGAUCGAACCCAAAUCAGUGGAGAGGAAUAAGUUGGUGUUCUCAGCACUGUACACAUUAUGGAGGGUGUUCUGCCCAGGUUGGGAGGAAAGCCGGUCAUGGCACAGAGGGAACAGGGUUAUCAUGUUCCCUCAUUUGUUAUCAACAUCAGUUAUUUUUCCCACAUCAUUGAAGUCAUGAGAUACAACCAACUGGAUGGCAGCCGGCACUGUAUUUGAUGCACGUUUGUAAUAUCCAUUUGUUUUUACUGGGAACUUUUUAUUUUUACUAGUUUGUUCCUGGGUUUAAAGGAGCUACAAAAUUUCAAACGUAUCUAUUAAAUAAAGAUUUUCUAAAAUAA